CGAAUUCUGGGACUCCUGGACACCACGCCGCCCCCCACCCUGCCUUCCUCGGCUCCCCCCAGUUCUAGGGUCCCACACUCUCUUUCACUUUGCUUCAGCUGACUCAGGGCCAGAGGUGGGAGCAAGACUUGAAGACACACACACACACACACACACAGCCACAGCCAGUGACCUCCUGGGGAGGAGAAGGAAUUCCCAACUGUAGGCUUGGGCUGCCCGCUUUUUGGAGGGUUCCACCCUCAGGGCUGUUUGCCCCAUGGGCAUGUGUCCCCAGGCGGGACUCCCGGGCCGGGUGGGCUCCACAGCGGGCACAUGGAUAGGCCGCCCACACCUGGAAUACACCGGCCACCACCCCCGCCAUGCCGAUGCCACAGCCAUGGACACACCCCUCCCUAGACCUUGUCCUUUGCUGGCUCCGGAGCGGAUCGGGCAGCGGCCCCGGUGGGCCCAGCCUGAGCCAGUUAUGCAGCCGUUGCCUGCCGGGCCCUUCCCGGAGGAGGUGGCAGAGGAGGCCCCUGCCCAGCCCGAGAGCGAGCCCAAGGUGCUAGACCCCGAGGAAGACCUGCUGUGCAUAGCCAAGACCUUCUCCUACCUGCGGGAGUCGGGCUGGUACUGGGGCUCCAUCACGGCCAGCGAGGCCCGGCAACACCUGCAGAAGAUGCCCGAGGGCACGUUCCUCGUCCGGGACAGCACCCACCCCAGCUACCUGUUCACACUGUCCGUCAAAACCACCCGCGGCCCCACCAACGUGCGCAUUGAGUACGCCGACUCCAGCUUCCGCCUGGACUCCAACUGCCUGUCCAGGCCGCGCAUCCUGGCCUUCCCGGACGUGGUCAGCCUCGUGCAGCACUACGUCGCCUCCUGUGCCACCGACACGCGAAGCGACAGCCCGGACCCGACCAUGAGCAGUUGCGGAGUGCGGGGGCCACUGCUGGCAGAUGAGAGCAGGGAGCUGUGA